GGAUAUGUCGGAUGGGCAGAGUUCCGUAACGAUUGUAAUGAGAAAUUAUAGAAUUAACUGUGAACGUCGCGAAUUUCUACAUAAAUAUAGUAUUAGAAUAAUCAGUUACUCUAACUCCAUUUACUAGGUUUUAAAGUUGACCAAUAUAAUUUCUGUGACCACUACUAUAACCUAUAGAGGUGAAUAAUUUAUCAACCUUUCUUGUAAUUGAAGUAAGAUUCUUUAGCUCGCGAUAAAUGAAAGUGUUGUUUACAUUUUGUGUAGUGCACGGUGUACAGGAAUCGUUCGCGUAGUGCUUGUAUUGUAGAAGUAACGGCAUCGGUUAAUAAACGAGUGAAUAUGUGGAAGUGGAUUUAGUUGGUUUUUGUGUAAAAUGUGUUUGAUCCUGUCUAAUUUAAUUACAAAGUGCAUUUGUGGUGUUUGUGCUCGGAUGUUGCCGUAGGAUUGCCAUGUCCAGACUCGUCGAUUACUUCGUGAUAGUGGGAUUUGACCACGAAAAAGAAAGGGGCGGUCUGAGCAGCGGCGUGAUCCUCCAGCGCUUCCCAGAGACGAACUGGGACGACACUCCUUUCCACGACGGGAUAGAAUGGUUCUGCCAGCCUCAAGGAUGGGCGCUAUCAACAGAACGGUCCGAGCCCCGGUUCUACGUGUCGGUACUGACCGACGUGGAUGCGAACCGGCACUACUGCGCCUGUCUCUGCUUCAACGAGACCGUGGCCAUUACGCCCUCGAAGCCUGCAGACGAGGACGAGGAGUCCCUGGAGUCUUCGAGGCCGGUGUCGAACAUCACCCACCACAGCAUCAUGUACGCGCCCAAAUGUCUCGUCAUCGUCUCCCGGCAGGACUACAUCGACACCUUCAGGAACUGCCUCGGCAUAAUCUACACAGUUUGGGUGGAGAACCUCGGCGUGCCCUUAGAGACCCUGGUCGGUAACCUGCUGGGCUGCGUGCUGGUGCCGCCGGCGGGCGGGCCGCAGGUGCGCUUCAGCAUCGGCGCCGGCGACCGCCAGGCGCUGCAGCCGCCGGCCGCGCCGCCCAUGCCUGUUACGCACAACGCUGUGUACAUGCUGCUGAGGUUAUUAGGCAUCCACAACUCCGUUACACUGUGGUGCGCAGUGAUGAGCGAGCAUAAGGUGCUUUUAGUGUCGCUUGCUGCCGCCCGCCUGGCAGCGGCCUGCAGGGCGCUAGCGGCUCUUAUGUUCCCGUUUAGAUACGCACACGUGUAUAUACCGCUACUACCUGCUGGAUUGGCUGAGGUACUGGCAACGCCCACGCCGUUCCUGAUCGGCGUGCAUUCUAGUUUGAAGGAAGAAGUGUCGGAAUUGCUGGACGUAAUAGUGGCUGACUUAGACGUGGGUUCCCUCCACAUCCCGGCGGGCGUGAAUAUUCCCCUACCCUCAGGGUCACUUCUGACGUCACUGCAAGCGGCGUUGGCGCUGGUACUACAACCGGAGCUGCGCUGCGCAGACUCGGCCUUCGCCCCGCCGCCGCCGCGCGCGUCACCACCACAUAUGAGGGACAAGGAGAUCCGAGCGGUGUUUAUGAGGACGCUGGCCAGGCUACUGCAAGGAUACAGACACUGCCUGACCAUCAUCCGCAUCCACCCAUCACCCGUGCUGACAUUCCACAAGCUCGGCUUCGUGGGCCGGCGAGGGUUGGCAGCGUGUCCCUUUGCGCUUCGGCUGCUGGACUCCAUGUUCUUCAGCGGGCUGGUCAGCGAGCGCGGCCCGCCCUGGCGGCCCACCGACGUGUGGGACGAGCUGCUGCAAAACCUACCGGAACAGCUGCGAUUAGAGUCCCUUAAUCCAGAACUAGAGCUGCAACACAUCCAGGACCUCGCCAUGCAACUACACCUCAAUGAAAACCCUAACCCACAGGCUUACCAGCAGCGCAUACUGCGACCACCAGAAGGCGCCUCAUCACGCAUCCACCAGCCGCCUCUGCCUACCCUGGACUCAGCACGAGUGCAUGAGCUUAUACAGGAGCUGACAGCGAGGAACGCUAAUGGCGCCAAGUUGGCAGCGUUGCGGCCGCCGCAGCCGCGUAUCGUGGCGCCGGGGGCUCCGCCCUCAGGAGCGCCUGAGAUGGAGCAAGUAUUAGUCACAAACUCAGCACGGAGGCUGGAGGUGGUCCGCGGCUGCGUGUCUGCUAUCUUCGAGUGCCGCUACGCCGACGCGCGCAAGUCGCUCCCAGCUGUAUUACGCGCGCUGCGGGCGCACGCGGCGCGCGCUGCCCUCGUGCGUGCCUUGGCCGCGCGUCUGCCCACCGCCAAGCAUUUGCUGCACCACCACCAGUUCGAGCUGCUUGUCAGACUGAUGAACUGUGCGCUGCAGUCGGCCACUGCACUGGACGAGCACUCCAUAGCGGCGGCCAUGUUGCCUCUAGCCACUGCCUACUGCAGAAAACUGUGCACCGGGGUCAUACAGUACGCAUACAUGUGCAUACAGGAGCACCCAGUGUGGACCAGUCAGCAGUUCUGGGAGGCGGCGUUCUACCAGGACGUGCAAAGAGACAUCAAGGCGCUAUACCUGCCCAGUCCCACGCAUCACCAGCGGGUCCCCAGUCCCAGGGACGACGACGACUACAUUUCUCUACUGAAAGCGCAAGAGCCCAGCGCGUUAGAGAUUGCAGCGGAACAAAUGAGACUGUGGCCCACACUCCCUCCAGAAAAACAAAAAGAACUUAUAGCAAGCGAAGAGUCCACCUUAUACAGCCAAGCGAUACACUACGCCAACCGGAUGGUGUAUCUACUUCUGCCGUUAGAGGGCGCCGGCCGCCGCGCUGACGUCAGAGGGGACGAUGACAGAGCAAGCAAUAGUAUUACUAACAGUGUGGCGGAGUCAGACAGUGCGGACGCCGAAUCGGGCUUCGAAGAGGCGGAUCCGGGCGAGGCGGGGAACAACGUCAUCAGGAUGGUCUCCCGGUUUGUGGACAAAGUGUGUACGGAAGGCGGCGUGACGGCGGAACACGUUCGCUGUUUACAUCAGAUGGUGCCGGGAGUGGUCCAUAUGCACCUGGAAACUUUGGAUGCUGUCGCGAGAGAAAGUCGGCGGCUACCGCCUGUUCAAAAGCCUCGAAUAGUAGCCCCGACGCUGGUACCAGGCGAAGCAUUAGCGGGCCCGGCGCUGCGAGCCUUCCUGGUACCAGAUGGCCGACCCGCGCCGCUGCUACCGGCAGAAGGCGCACUGUUCCUCACCAACUAUCGCCUAGUGUUCAAGGGCACACCUACUGACCCCUUCGCCUGCGAACAGACGGUGGUCAGAUCGUUCCCUCUGUGUUCGUUGACGAGGGAAAAAGCAGUCCGAACGCACUACCUGCCGCAUUUAGAACAAGCUUUACACGAAGGCUUACAACUGCGGUCCGCUACCUUCCAGCUGAUCAAGGUGGCCUUAGACGAGGAGGUGAGCAGCGAGCAAGCCGAAGCGUUCCGUAAACAACUCGCCAGGUUACGGCACCCGCAACACCCGUUAAUGCACUUCGCGAUGGCUCCGCGCCCCGUGCCUCCGCCCGCUGCCCAUCAACCCAAACAUCACACGCUCAAAGGUUUUGCGAAAAAGACUUUACUGAAGACAGCGCGGAAAGCGGGGCUCAAGCCGAAGCCGUCCAAACGCCAGAAGUACGUGCUGCCGUCAGCUGACGCGCGGUCGCUGACCUCGCCGCCUCUGAUGUCCUCACUUUCAGCGGAUACAUUGUCGCUGGAAGAGCUAGAAUUGGCCAGUGAGUCGGGCGAGCCGGCGGCGGGACGGACGCUAGAGAGAUUGCGGGACAGAGCGUACGCGCGGGAUUGGGCGCGGCUGGGACUGGCUUCGUCGCCCUUCCGGCUGUCCCACGCGAACGCUGUUUACACGUUAUGUAGAAGCUAUCCAGCUGUGAUACCAGCGCCAGAGAGCAUCGGCGACGAGUCUCUGCGGCGCAUCUCUCGCUGCUACCGGCAGGGCAGGCUGCCUGUCUUGACGUGGCGGCACCCCACCACACACGCCAUUCUGUCCAGAUCAGCAGCGUCCCAUCACAAAGGCGUCAUGGGCAUGCUGAAAGGGACGCAUCAAACCCCCGGCCCCACGCAAAGUGGCACCGAAACCACAUCUAGUUUAGAACAGGAACGGUACUUAGCAACGUUAGUGGCUCUAACCCCAGCCUCCAGAGGUGAUCUGGAGGACUCGUCACUCAGUCUGGACUCUCUACUGCUCUGCUGCGACGACACCCAGCCACCUACGCAUACUCCGCUGCUUACCAAGGCAGCUGGGACGUUGAGUGUGCUUCGCAACAGCGGGGGAAAAGGGGGCGUGGCCACGGGCGCGGGCGCGGCCACCACGGGCCGGCACUUCGGGCGCUGGGGCUCCCUCAAGGACCGCCGCCAGCCGUCCCAUCUGGACCUGUACGCGCCGAGACAGCGGCUGUCCACUGCCGACGUCGACUCUGUCUCCGGCGACACGGGCGUAGCGCGGCGCGCAUCCUUAUACGUGGUAACAGAAAAGGGCGUGGCGUGCGCAUUAGCGGGCACGGAGUUAGUACCAGCGGAGUAUCCCGAGGCGCGCCACGCCAAGCACGCCUUCAAGAAGCUCAUGCGCGCCGCCGUGCCUUCCGCGCCGCCUGCACAACUGCCCGACCAUAAGGGGUUCCUGAGGCUGAUAGAAGAAUCCGGCUGGCUGUGGCAGCUGAGGCAGCUGUUCCAGCUGUCUGGUGCCGUGGUGGACCUGCUCGACAUCCAGGGCUCCUCCGUGCUGCUCUCGCUCGAAGACGGCUGGGACGUCACUGCACAGAUAUCAUCGCUAGCGCAGAUCUGCCUGGACCCAUACUACCGGACCCUCGAAGGCUUCCGGAUCCUAGUAGAGAAGGAGUGGCUGGCCAUGGGCCACAAGUUCCAGCAACGCAGCAACAUCGCAGCGACGCCGCAACAGGGAUUCACGCCCACCUUCCUGAUGUUCCUGGACGCGGUACACCAGUUGCAGAAGCAGUUCCCGCUAUCGUUCGAGUUCAACGAGUACUACCUGCGUUUCGUGGCGUACCACAGCGUGUCUUGCCGCUUCCGGACCUUCCUGCUGGAUAGCGAGGCGCAACGAGCGGAGCUUGGGAUCACGGCGGCGGACGAUAAGCGCGCUGAUACCAGUCGACUGGGCGUAGAAACAGGCGCGGGCUCAGAAGAAGAAUGCGUGGGCGGGGUGCCCAUGGGCCCCGGCGGCGCGGCGGGGGCCGCUGGGUCCUACGGCAGCUCCCCUCGAGCCACCUUCGGCCAGUCGCUCUUCGACUACAUAGACAAGCAACACCAGAAGAGCCCGGUGUUCUACAACUUUCUGUACACGCCCGAUCUUGAUAAUCCAGUUCUUCGGCCGGUAUCAGCGAUCAACUGCUUAGAAGUGUGGCAGUACUACGUCAGCGAGGAGUUGAGCCAUGGAGCGCCCUACGACCUGGAAGCACUCACACCCACCACGCCUGACAUCGGCGAGCCGCAGCAGAGGCGGCUGGUCACCGCUGGCUAUGACAGCACGUGGCGUAGCAUGCCCGACGCGUUCUCAGGACUGCUGGAGCGGUUGCGACAGCUGGAAUUAGAGCUGGGCCACCUGCCGCAGAAGUGGCGCGUGCGGUGGGACCAGCUUGAGCUGCCCAAUACACUGGAGCUGCAGCGAGUAUCCUCCAUGUCGUCGGGCGUGGUCAGACGCGCUACGCUGGCGGCACACAAGCGCGGCACCCGCUCGCUGCUGGCGCGCGGCCGCCUCGCCGCCGCGCCGCCCGCGCCCGCCCACCGCUGGGCAACCGCCGCCUCCGCCGCGCCCGCCCGCUGCGACCAAUGCCAGGACCUGCUGUGGGGGCCGCUCAAGGCGGGCGUGCGGUGCGUGGACUGCGGCGCGGCGUGCCACGAGCGCUGCGCCGACGCCUUCGCCCUCCCCUGCACCAAGUACAAGGCGCCGCCGCCGCCCGACCGCGAGCCGCACCUCGCCGUCACCAACAGCGUGUCAACUCUACAAUCAUCAUCGCAGCAGUACUAUGAACAAUUCUCAUCAAACGUAGCCGAGAACAGAACGCACGAGGGACAUCUCUACAAGCGUGGUGCUCUGCUCAAAGGCUGGAAGCAGAGAUGGUUUGUAUUGGACUCGAUCAAGCAUCAACUGAGAUACUACGACGCGAUGGAAGACUCCCAUUGUAAAGGAUUUAUUGAUCUGGCUGAAGUGAUAACAGUGACGCAAGCGCCGCCCGCGCCCGGCCCGCCCAAGAAGUGUGACGACAGAUCCUUCUUCGAUUUGCGCACAUCGCGGCGCACGUACAACUUCUGCGCGAGCGACGCGACGGCUGCUCAGGAGUGGAUCGAGAAACUACAGGCCUGUCUGCAGUAAGAACAUUCACAGUGCAGUGCAAACCAGAGUAUGCAGCACUUCCAAUCAUGAAAUUCACAUUUGAAAAUCUACUAUAGGUCGCGCAACAAGAGUUGAAGUCAUCAAUACAAGCAAAGAUUUGUAUCUGUAUACGUUGUCUGACGCGAUGACGGGACAAGUACUUUUUAUCUCGCUUGCAGACAUUUAACAAGAGCGAGGUAGCUAGUGUAUUCGAUAUUUGAACUUAAAUGUGUACCUAAUGUGUUGUUUGUUUUCUGUAUUUCAAAUAUUACAUCAGUGUUAGUAACGUGUUCGCCUCAGUUUUCGUUGCGCGACCUAUAAUAAUAAGUUAGCGACCGUAGCCAUUUGUCAUCGUAAAGUGACAGUCAAAUGUCAAAUUUCAGUGUAAAACGACUUUAGUGUGCAAAGUUCCGUUAUUUCAUACUUAUGUGUAUGACAUAGCGUUGCAGGAUUCUUACUAUUAUACGAUUUUGUAUGAUUUGGUAUCAAACCGGUUUAUUAAGUGUAGCACUGGUAAAUGGAGUAAAAGAAACUUUGUAAUAAUUUUGUCACAUUCAAAAGUGAUGCUUUCUAUAACUGUGUUCGUUCGUUGUUUUGAUAUCAAUGGUGUUUUGAUAGAUGUUGUAAAUAUGGUUUGUUUGAGAAAUCUCACGCGGGAGUCCAGUCUGGUAGACAAUGUGUUACAUUAUUUUGUAACACUAAUUCGACGUAUUACCUGAAUGUAUAUCCUAUGUUAGUACUUAUAUAGAUAUUUAUUUUCUGCCGUAUUUGGUUAGACAAAUAUACAAAAAAUAUACGAAUAUAAGUUCCAAUGUAUCAAUUUCAGCUCUGUACAUUAUCAGAAUUGAUAUAAUAUUACAGAGCGUUUAGUGAAGGUGAAAUAUUCGAUUUCAAAAUUUUCUUCCUAACAUUCCUACUGUCACAAAAACUUACACAAAUUAUAUUUUUAUAUGAAAGUAUUUUAUUGAUUUGCGCAGCCUUAUACCAAAUAUGUAUGUACGUCUGGACUCUGACCGUGGUCGUAUUGACGAGGUAUUCCUUUUGUAUAAUCCCUAAAUAUUAACGAUAUUGUAAUUUAUGUUAAACAAUUUCCAAGAAGCUUGUUUAAACGUGUCAUAGCGCGAUCUCGACUCGACAUGCUCUCAUCGACAGAAGAACAUCCCAUUUCGGAAGCGUAAAAGUUUUUUUAAUGUUUCAUACAAACAUUUCUAGUUUUUGCAUCAAGCUAUGUUUAAAUGGUAAAUCGUUUUUUAAGAAUAUUAUGUAAUUGUGUAAAUAAAUUAUAUUGUUGCCGAAAUGGAAUACUCUGGAGCUGGGAUACGUUGGCUCUAGUCGAUGCGAGUGUUUGUAUCUUAGUUUUAAUAUUACUCGACAAAAUAGAUUUAAUGAUAUUGUUACGUUGGAUAUUUGUAAAUAUUUUAUCUUAUUAUUGUUGUGUAAAGAAUUUUGUUCCAUUAUGUGUAUUUUCGUUCUUUAUAUUUGACAUUGAAGCAAACUUUGAGCUAUUGUGGGCCACGCAUUUUGCAAAUAAUAUUUUUUGAAACGAUCGCCGUUUUUUCGUCUGUUAAAUGUUUUGACGUUUCUUUUAAAAAUAUCAGUAAGUAAAAACAAGUAUUUACCAACAAAUGUUUCAAAGUUUAAAUUGAUGGUCAUUGUAUGUUAUUAUAGAAAAUAAUUCCAUAACAUCACUUAUUUAUGUAAACGAAAUGUAUAUGUGUACCCGAGUAACAAACUAAAGCUCGCUUGCAUUUAGUUUUAAAUAUACAUAUUUCGUAAAACAAAGAUAUUAUUUUUUGUCUUGGGAAUCAUGUAUUUCUGCGGUUCCAUUAAAGCCCGUCAACCAGAGAGCGUAGGCGUACUAAGGGAAUUAUUGAAUAUUGAUUUAAUAAUUUCAUGUCCUAACUAAAAUUACCAAUCUAGACAUUGUAUGGGAAUUUGUACUAAAACUGAUCGUACUUAGAAGGUUCAAAAUGCCUUGUGUCGCCUUCGCUCUGCCACACGAGGGCUGUUGUUACAUACUCAUUGGUCACUUGUAAAUAGGUUAUUUUUCUUUGGACAUAUCAGUGCGCACCGUAUACAUACAGUCCGGUCGCAUACUGCAUUUACUAUUGACGCUUCGUUGAGGUUAAUCGUGCCAAAUAUGCACAGGGUGCACCUUCUAUUGCUCAGAAUCAUAGGACGAUUUUAGGCAUUAAUGAAAAUAGACGAAUCACCUAGAUCUUAAAGUACUAAGUAUGAAUGAGGACUAUAGUCUUUGCGAUCACCUGUAGAUGUCAUUGGCGAGUAAAGUCCCGUCACUAGCAAGUUUAGUGAGCGCAAUACGAUUAGUCCUCAUUAAAUGUUAUAUUCUAAAUUCAAGCUAAUUUGCAGCUUAUUUCACUUUGAGUUAUAGUAAAAAUAUAGUACCACAAUGGAAUAAGCUCUAUGAAUCGUCCUUGUAAAGUUGCCUAUAUCAGAUCACUAGCUUUUCGAAAUUGUAAGUGAUAGAUUUCAAACAAUACGGCGCCUUAUCGUUUGCGUAUGUUAGUGUUGUGCUUGAGCUUCCAAUCGCCUCUGUGGAGUUUUUAAUAUUUUUGCAAUCAUUGAUAA